AUGAUAGAAAGUGACAUCUCAUCCAUGAUGUCAGGAAUUAUUCGAAACUCAGGGCAAAAUCACCACCCCUCUCCACAGGAAUACAGGCUCCUGGCCACCACCUGCGAUGAUGACCUUCCCGGGGACCUGCAGUCGCUGUCGUGGCUCACGGCCGUGGAUGUGCCGAGGCUGCAGCAGAUGGCGAGUGGCCGUGUGAACCUGGGCGGCCCCAGUGUACCACACGUGCACCCAGGUGCCUUGGCCAGGGCGGCUGACUUGCACAUGGCAGCCACCCCAGGCCACCUGCUCCAAGGCCCACCUGCCAUGGCCCCCCAAGGCAUGCUGUGUCCGAGUCCCCUGACCAACCACGGAGCCAGUCAAAUGAACCAGUUCGCUGUGGGGGGCCAGCCCUCGUCCAGCCUGCAGAACCCACCACAGCUGUACUCUGCCGCCUCGCAACCUCAGUUCCCGCUCCCCCCAGGUGUCCAGCAGUGCGCUCCUGUGGGCCUGUAUGGCUCCCCAUUUGGGGCACGGCCUCCCUACCCCCAGCCCCGCAUGGCUGUGCAUUCAUCCCAGGAACUGCACCCCAAACACUAUCCCAAGCCCAUCUAUUCCUACAGCUGUCUGAUCGCCAUGGCCCUGAAGAAUAGCAAGACAGGAAGCCUGCCCGUGAGCGAGAUCUAUAGCUUCAUGAAGGAGCACUUCCCCUACUUCAAGACAGCUCCUGACGGCUGGAAGAACUCUGUGAGGCACAACCUGUCCCUGAACAAGUGCUUUGAGAAGGUGGAGAACAAGAUGAGCGGCUCCUCGCGCAAGGGAUGCCUGUGGGCCCUGAACCUGGCCCGCAUCGACAAGAUGGAGGAGGAGAUGCAGAAGUGGAAAAGGAAGGACCUGGCUGCCAUCCACCGGAGCAUGGCCAACCCCGAGGAGCUGGACAAGCUGAUCUCGGACCGGCCGGAAAGCUGCCGACGCCCUGGCAAGCCAGGGGAGCCUGAGGCCCCGGUGCUGACCCAUGCCACCACGGCGGCCGUGGCCCACAGCUGCCUGGCCAUCUCCCAGCUCCCACCCCAGCCGCUGAUGACCCUGUCCCUGCCGUCGGUCCCCCUGCACCACCAGGCACAGCCCCAGGCACAUCUGGUGCCGGACUCUCCUGCCCCAGCCCAGACCCCACCUCUGCACGCCCUGCCAGACCUGAGCCCCAGCCCCCUCCCCCACCCCACCAUGGGAAGGGCGCCUGUGGAUUUCAUCAACAUCAGCACCGACAUGAACACCGAGGUGGAUGCCCUGGACCCCAGCAUCAUGGACUUUGCUCUGCAGGGGAACCUCUGGGAGGAGAUCAAGGAUGAAGGCUUCAGCCUGGACACGCUGGGGCCCUUCGGAGACUCCCCGCUGGGCUGUGAGCUGGGGGCCUCGGGCCUGACUCCCGUCUCUGGUGGCAGUGACCAGUCCUUCCCAGACCUUCAGGUGACCGGUCUCUACGCUGCCUACUCGACCCCAGACAGUGUGGCCACGUCAGCCACCACCUCCUCCUCUCAGUACCUGGGCGCCCCGGGGAACAAGCCGAUAGCCCUGCUUUGA